AUGUCCAACAACGAGAGAACUUUCAUUGCCAUCAAACCUGACGGAGUUCAAAGAGGUCUAAUUUCCAAGAUCAUUGGCCGUUUCGAAGACAGAGGUUUCAAAUUGGUCGGUAUCAAAUUGGUCACUCCAACUGAAAACCUAUUGAAGCAACACUAUGCUGAACACGUUGAUAAGCCAUUCUUCCCAAAGAUGCUUUCUUACAUGAUGUCUGGUCCAGUCUUGGCUACUGUCUGGGAAGGUAAGGAUGUCGUCAAGCAAGGUAGAACAAUCCUGGGUGCUACUAACCCACUAAACAGCUCCCCAGGUACCAUCAGAGGUGAUUUUGCCAUCGAUAUGGGCAGAAACGUCUGUCAUGGUAGUGACUCCGUCGAAAGCGCAGAACGUGAAAUCAACCUUUGGUUCAAGAAGGAAGAACUUGUGGACUGGAAACUUAAUCAAUUGGGCUGGAUCUACGAGUAA